CUCGUUGGACAGUCCACGGAAUUCAAGAAAUCCACAGAGUCCGCGACAGUUGCAUCCAAGUUUGUCUCAACCCCUCCUGAACACUGCUCAGACAGUCAGUCCCCCACAGUUACCGUCCACCACGCCCCCCUCCCCACAAGUCUACCCCAGAGUCCAACAAGCCCAUCAGUGUCGACCUAUGGAUGUGAACAUGACCAUGACUACGAAAAUGUGGCAUCCCCGAACAGCAGCACAGCAAGUGGGCCGAUAUAUGUGCGACCACCGGGGUUUAAACACCAUGCUCAAGCUAUUGAAGCUAAGUCUCGGUAUAAGAAAAAGAAAACAACAACGCUAUUGUCGUUACGUGAUGGAUUAAAAAAACGGGAGCAAACCCCUCCGAAGUAUAGAGCGAAGAGAGAUCCACUCCCGAUGAGAUGUCGAGCAUUGCCGCAGUCCUUCUGGCAGCAGCCCAACGUUCCUCACCAGGUGUCGCCGGGAACAAUGUUCCCCGUUCUCCCUCCACUCAUGAAUGGGGGAACGGAAGAAGACAUUACAGAGAUGCGUCCGGUCACACCGCCUGAGGAACGAACAGAGGUUGAAGACAAGGAACAGAAGAAGCCACCUCGGGCUCCUGACCGCAAGGUUACAGUGACAAAUACAGAUUUACUUUUCCGACUUUUUGAUGGAGUUGGUGAGGAGGUGACAAAGAAACCUGUCGGAAGUCUGAAACGGGGAAGGCCAAAGAAGCUGAUGCCAAAGAGCAACACCAAGGGCUUGCUGUCGGGGAACGAUCCCUACCUUGUGGAUGCCAUGACAGAAAAACUUUUCCCCAAUCUUUCUUUGGAGGGUCGACAUGGUGCCCAAUUGGGCAACACGUCAUUACAGCUGAUUACAGUGCGAGGGGACGGAGACAAGAGUGUCACGUUACCUGCCCUCAGUUUCGAUCAGAAUUAUUCACAGAUGUUAUCCGAACUGGUCAUGCAUAUCUAGCAUGGAGACAUGUUGUGUUUGUGAUUGUGCCAACAUUUGGAGUUUCUAGACUGUUUGUAAACAGCGUGAUGGUGUGAAAUUGUUGUACUGAACGUGAAUCUGGAGGUGUUGGAAGUUGAGAGAUGGAUCCGACAAACGAUGUGACUAUAUGCCAAGGGAGAUAACCUCAGAUGCCUACAAGGGAGAUGUCUUUAGAGGUCAAGAAAGAUCAAAAGGUCAAACUGCAAUUGAAGGGUGAAGGUCAGUUGGCUGCAAGGCAGGGGAAUUAACCAAUGUUAUAAUCAAGGGAGGUAACCUCAGCAGACUUCAAGGCGACAACCCAUGUCAAAAAUGGAUUGAAAGUCAAACUGACACCAAGGGAGGUAAAUGUCAUUCCCACAUAAACAAUAUCUCCGGACAAGAAAUGACCGAUGAGAUGGCAGAGGUUUGAAGAUAAAUUAAUACUUGCAUCCUUAUUAUCCAUGAUCCUCAGGAGAAAAGAAUCUAGACUGUGGGUUUAUAUUUGUCGAGAAGACAGAUUCACACCAAGCUCAGAAUGAAUAAUGAACUGAUUUGAAAUGAUUUGUUGAAUUUGAUGAAAUAUGACAAAGAGAAAAUGUUAUCUUGAAAUAAUUCCAGGUAUUAAUGAUGUUAUGAUUUGUUACCCACAUGUGAUAUAGUUGUUGACAAUUGUGAUGGGGUCGUCACAGACUGAGAAAGACACACUAUGUGUGCCGGUUAUGUGUUUACCACAGUUCUUAAGCUAACAAUUGUGUGAAAGUGUGUUUUGUUGACUAUUUACGGUGUUUGUCAGUAGCUCUCCAUCAUCCAUGACCAUUCCCAUCUUGUUUAGCAAUUGUUCGAUUUACAGCUGUAAUUUUAAAGAAGGAGGGUUCUUUGAAUUAAAUAUUAAUUUGGACAAAAGUAAUCUUUUAAGUAGUUGCACGAAAGUUAUGAAAAAUUUAUAUAAUGAUUCAAUGGUAAUGUUUUGAAUUUUUGCAUCAUAUGCAACUUUUAUCUUUAUUGAAACUUGACAGAAUUUUGUGCAAUUUUAUAUUAAUCUGUAAAUCAAGUAAUAUGAUAUCAUGCACCAUCUACAUUGCACCUGUUUACACCUUUCACAUGUUUACUGAUUCACAACUAUUUUUAAGCAUCAAAUAAUCCCUUUUAAAGAUGUUAAGCCACACUAAUUUUUUUUCAUUUUGUUAAGGUUUUCUCUACCAAGCUCCAAAUAAUUAGGGGUAACAUAUUCAGGUAGGAUUGAGUGUUAAUUUCCUCUAAAGUGUCAAUCAAAACAAGAAAACAAACUGAAUGAUGUAAAUAUGAUAAUGUUUUCCUUCAGACAUAUAUUGCAAUUACAUAUCUGGUGGGUUUUUUUUCAGUUUAUGAAAAUUAUAGGGCAGGGUCACCUUAAAACUGACAAAAGAAUUGGUCCAGGAUGUAAGGUAGUUAAAAUUUGAUUCUAUACUUGAUAAGGGCCAGAUUUCAGUAACACUAAGCCCAGUAUCAGGUCGAUUCUAAAUUUUUGACUGCAUAUAUUCUAUUCAGUUUAUGAAUCAUUACUUUCAUGUCAUCAGCCCUAAUUCAGCAUGUUUACCAUAAUUCUAGCAGUAUGUUGAAAAUAUCAGUUGUUUUGUAUAUGCAAUAUAUCAGUCUAGUUGUUGCUACUUCCGUCCAGGUUUAUCAUCAAAUUUGUACUUCGUGUAAUUUAUACUGCUUCAUGUUUGAUUGUGUGUUGGUAAACAGUUAUCAAGUUCUUUAAAUUAUCUGGGACUCUAAUAUUUACACAUGUGAUUUUUAUCUUGUUGCUAUGGUAACCUACCUCUCUUGAAAAUAUGUCUCAUAUGUAAAUCUAGUUUGGGAUCGAAUCCUCUGAAAUAAUGUAUAUGUGUAUGACAAAUGUGUUGGAGAACAAUCAUGAUUUUCAAGCUGGUUAAAAUUUCCCAAUGGGGUUUCUUCAUAUUUUCAUUACCGCCGCCAUAUAGCUGGGAUAUUGUUGAGUGCGGUGUAAAACUAAACUCACUCACUCAUAUUUUCAUUCCGUCUUCUUAAACUUUAUUUGCCAUACAACAUUAUUUGGGGGUUUCAUCCGCAGUAUCUGUGAUAAAUCUGAUCGUAUCAUUGGUCAUAAUGUUUAUACUGUAUAAAUCCGUCCUGCAUCAUGCCAUCAAGAGUUGUCUCCCUUACCUGUUCAGAAGAAUAGUCACUAAUCGGACACAAGUUGUCAAACUCUCCACUCUGUAACCAUGGAAAGUACACAAAAUUAAAGUUUAAAAUAUGGAUACCUCAGAUUCAAUAGCGAUCUCAUUUUCAGUUACCUGAGAUUUUCGAACUGUCUUUCACGGACAGAUUACCUAUUUCGAGGUCCACUUGAGGUCAGCUUGCCUGCUUACUCUGAAACAUUUCACUUCAGCUGGUUUAGACAAUAACCAGUACUACCUCUGGUGUUUACUGAAACCAUUCAGAAGUUUCAAGAUUCAUCUUUUCGGGUUAAAAUGUUGACAAUUUUCGCCUGCUGUAUAUUUUUAUAGCUCAAUAUAUUAUGGACUAUUGGGUCAAAAUUUGUCCUGAAUAUGAGGCGCAUUAUGAUUACUUACAGACGAGUAUAUCUGUUGAUCAGAGACACUAAUUUGGGCUGAGUGGUUAAGCAGUAAAUAUGGUAUGAAAAUGUAAAAUAUGGUAUGGGAAUAUAAAUAUAAUAUGGGCAAUUUGAGCUGGUAAACAAAUAUAAAUAUGGUUUGGGAAAUUUAAGUUGGUUAAAAAAAAUAUCAAUAUGGUAUGGGAAAUUUGAGUUGGUAAGAAAAUAUAAAUAUGGUAUGGGAAAUUUAAGUUGGUAA